AUGGGCGGCAAUUUCUGGUUCGGCCGCAGUCGAGAACGGUCGCAGAGCGCGCAGAACGAGCCGCUGCCCUCCGCCACGGCAGAGUAUUCGUCCCCAGCCAAGGAUGAGCAAGAUCUCUGGUAUGAUGGCACGACGUCUGAGGACGAUCUCAGCCCCAUCAAGGGGAGCAAGAGGGCCAACGGUGCAGGCAGUCUCGUCUCAAUUCCGUCGCUCGAUCCAGAGGAAGAAGCCAUACUCCUGCCCUACAUGCCCGCCCUCUUCGGAAAAGAUCUCCCGCCAUGCGGCGCCGAGAUCCAAGUCGCGUACGAUAAUGUAAACACCCGCCUCCGCCAGCGCUGGCUCUCCCACCGUGGCCAACUGUCCGCGAGCGACAUCUGCCAAACCGUCAAGGAAGAGCUAUCGAACCAGAACUUGAUGUGGCCAGCCUUCUGCUUCAAGGCAGGUCAGUUCAAGAAGCGCAAACCGUGGCGCCGGGAGAACGUCUUCCACUACGAAGUCCGCUGGAUCGACUACUUUGUCCGCGAAGCGCAGGCUCCCGAGCCGAUGACCGAGUCUGAGAUCGUUGACCGAGAGAAGCAGCCCUCUGUUCCGAAUGUCCUGGGCUUCACGUGCGAUAAGAAGGAGGUGCUGGAGCUGUGGGAUGCGUGGCACACGAAGAAGCGGGCUCGGGCGCCGGCUGUGCCUGGGACGGCGAUGGAUGCGGCCUCAGGUUUGGAAGCCCUAACUCUCAAGUCAGCCGCUGGGGAGGGUGCUAAUCGCGUUGAGGAAGACUCCGGAGCGUCAGUAGCAUCGUCGGUGACAGUCGUUGAACAACCCGCGGCGGAACAUCGAGAGCAUGGGGAGGGAGAGACCCAGGCUGGAUCAAAUGCGUGGUGCCAGGACGAUCAUGACUGA